UCCUCUCCCAGGCCCGAGCCAUGGCAACAGCGUGACGUGGGGGUACCGAGAGCUGCGGGAGCAGCGAUCCCGGCUUCAGUUCUAGCCUACCCGGCAGCCUACACGGGAGCAAGGCGAGAGGUGCUGCCGCCUCCCGUCGCCCCUGCGCUCGGAGGCCCCCAACCAGCCAGGCGGCUGCCUCUUGCUGCUCCUCCUUUGGAGUGAGGAGGGCGCAGCCGGUGUCAGAACUUAGAGGGGCGGGCAGGGUCGCGCGCAUGGCCUGGGCGGGCUCGCGGCGGGUCCCGGCUGGGACGCGCGCAGCAGCCGAGCGCUGCUGCCGGCUCUCCCUCCGCCCGGGCACGCGCCCGGCCCCGCCCCCAGGCCCUCUGCCGCCGCCGCCGCGACCAAUGAGGUGAGAGGGAGGUGCGGGCGAUCGCGGCUGAGGGCACCGGGUCGCUGCGGACCCCGGGGUUCCGCGGUGGAGGGGUGCUAUACUGGGAUGCAGGCGCAGCGGGGACUGGCAGCAAUCAUGCCCUGGGAGCUAAUGUAGAGCUUUGGAGAAUGCUUUUGCAAGUUGUACGAGAAGGGAAGUCCUCGGGGUUUCUGACCUCCUGCAGCCUCCUCUUGCCUCGGGCCGCCCAGAUCUUGGCGGCUGAGGCUGGCUUACCGUGGAGCCGUUCCUUCAUGGGAUUUGCUGCCCCCUUCACCAACAAGCGAAAGGCUUACUCGGAGCGUAGAAUCAUGGGGUACUCAAUGCAGGAGAUGUAUGAAGUGGUGUCCAAUGUCCAGGAGUAUCGUGAGUUUGUGCCCUGGUGUAAGAAGUCUCUAGUGGUAUCCAGCCGUAAGGGUCACUUGAAAGCCCAGCUGGAGGUUGGCUUUCCACCUGUCAUGGAACGUUACACCUCUGCAGUUUCCAUGGUCAAACCUCACAUGGUCAAGGCUGUUUGUACUGAUGGCAAGCUCUUCAACCACUUAGAGACCAUUUGGCGAUUCAGCCCUGGUAUUCCUGCCUAUCCUCGAACCUGCACUGUGGACUUUUCGAUUUCCUUUGAAUUUCGUUCUCUGCUGCACUCCCAGCUGGCCACCAUGUUUUUUGAUGAGGUUGUCAAACAGAAUGUUGCUGCCUUUGAGCGUCGGGCAGCCACCAAGUUUGGUCCAGAAACAGCCAUCCCCCGUGAACUGAUGUUCCAUGAAGUGCACCAGACUUGAGGCACGGGAUUGUUCCCUGACCUCCCUUCUACCCCACUUCCCUUCGCAAUUCUCUUAUUUAUUUGGUUUGGCUCCUGCUCCAAUUUGAAAGGAGUCUGUGUUCAUAAUACUGUUUCUCCUCUCAAUUCCCCAGAAAUUGGGUUCUAUGCUGGCUGGAAAUGUUAGGGGAAAGAGAAGGCAAAGGAUGUGGAAAUGAGAGGUGCUUAGGAAAGGGUCAGGCCCAUUGAAGGAGCACCAUAUGCCUGCAGCCUUUUCACUACGAAUUAGAAUAAGGACUAUGUGGUUGUCUCUGGGCCUUAUCAAGACACCUUAGUGUCUGACCAGGGGAAGACAGUAACUUUUCUAAGGAUUGAAUAAAUUGAGCUUUUCUUCUGGCACAGAGGUACUGAGUGGUAAGGAACUUUUAUCCUGCCUGAGAUUCCUCAGGAGAAAAGGCAACCUGCCUCCAGCCUGAGAUACAUAAAGCCUCAUUUUAAGACUGUAAGUCCAUGCUGCCUGGCUACUAGAGAGCAAGGGGCUUUCUUACCAUCAGUGCUGAGGAGAGAAGUACUGAACGGAAACGGAGUUGUCUUUGUACUCUUGAGUUGUACCUUAUUCUUCCACUUGGCCUGAGUUUUUAUAAAAUUUCAAUAAAUUGUAACAGUGUGAA